CGAAUAGAUUAGUUCGAAAAAGCACCCUCAUAGCCCCGACCGCCACCGACGUAUUGCCCCAAUUGCCAAAAUGCCUCUAGAACUUCAGGAAUUCGACCCGGAUACCGAUUUCCCAGCUAUUGCUAGAUGUCUAUUCGAGUCGUACGAAGAUCCACCCCAGAAAUUCUUCCACGUGUUCUUCCCGACUCACGGAACGGGGGACAAGGCUCGUGAGGAAGCCAUCGAAGAAGCCGCUACUCGUCUGAAGCUCUGGCAUACUCAUGAUCCUUCGAGUCAUUGGCAGAAGGUCGUUGAUACGGACACCGGCAAGAUUGCAGGUGGUGCCCUGUGGAAUAUUCACAAAGAAAAUCCGUUCGCGAACCCCGCUGCUGUACCGGUAACUUGGUUCCCCGACGACGGCUCGCGGCGGUUCGUCGAGAAGGCUCUUCAAAACCACGCAACUCCUAGAAGUCGGGUAGCCCAGAAACCACAUGUUUAUCUAUUCAUCAUAUUCACGCACCCGGACUACCGGCGCAAAGGCGUUGGCCAGCAGUUCAUGACUUGGGGCAUGAAGAAGGCGGAUGAAUUGGGAUAUGACUUCUUCCUGGACUCAACCCCAUAUGGGAGACCUCUGUACGAAGCAAAUAACUUCACUUAUGUUGAGGAAAACGUCAAUAUACCGAAAACCGACACUCCGGAUGAGAAAUGGAAGGAAAUGGAGGAUAAGGUUGGUCCUUUUACUUUCUGGCUUAUGUGUAGGCCUGUUGGUGGGAAGUAGGAAGAAGGGGUGAAUUGAGCAUAGCACUACCUCCAUUCUAGGCGGUGAGAGAUAUCUUCCAAGGUUGUUUGUAUGCAAGAUGGAAAGAAUCCAUACAUUUUGUAUCGCUUGAUUGCGAA